GUAGGUUUCUCCACAUUUUUGUUAGUGAGCCGAGAAGAUAGAUGCGCACCAUUGAUUAAGCUUCACGAUGCAGAGAUUGUGCACCAAGCUCCGGUCUCUGAAGCUACAAUCACCGGAAACUUUUUCAUCUCUCUAUUCCGUCUCCUCCUCUCGUCGUUUUUUGCAUCAUUGUUCGCCGCAGCUUGGCCACUCUCCACAUCUCGCUUCAACUUCCUCAUGGAGUCUUCGGCAGGUUUUGUAUCCGUCAACAGUAAAUCAUCAGUUCCCUUCAUUGGCGGUUCUUCCUUUGCGUUCCUCUCCACUCCCUCUCUCUUUGGUGCAUGUACGAUAUGUGUCAUCAAGAGAACGGCGUAAGAAGAGGAAGCCAAUGACACCCGUCACCUCCAAGCUCAAGAAAACUAAAAUGAAAUCUUAUUCGUCUUACAAGUUGAGAUUCAGGACGAUGAAUGAUGGAAAAAUUCGACGCUGGAAAGAGGGAAAAAGACACAAUGCUCACGUGAAGUCGAAGAAAUCAAAACGUAGACUUAGACAGCCUGCAAUAGUCCCAGCUGCCUUUGCCAAGGUUAUGAAGAAGCUUAAUUUUUGCGGUUGAUGAAAAAUAGUAAGUCUUGACACCAUGGUUAACGAGAUGGUUGAUGAAAUGGCAUCGUGUACGUAUGGAUGAAGUAAAAUUAUUGGCUUCAAAUGGCAUUAGAUGAUGCUCUUCCCGCAGCAACUCCUCUUGGUACUCUUUCUUUUUAAGAGAAUAAUUUCGACAAGCAAUAAUGAUUUAUUUUUUUUCUUUCUGGAUUCUCAUUUAAGCAGCAAGGGCACAAUAUUUUGGUUCAAAAAUUCUCGACGGGAGUUUGGAUCUCCUGCAGCAUUGCAUCUUGUAAUUCCAAAACCUAUCAUUCCAUUCUAACUUCCUAAGUUGUUUACUAUGGCUUGAUCGAAUUUGUAGUCCUUGAAUUUUGGAUGUUGCAAAUGA